GGAUGGCGGGGCCACAGCAGACGAAUGGAGCAAGUUGGCCCUCGUAAGCUCUCGUUGGUGGUCGAGCGCAUCUGGUUACCCACGAAGAGUAAGUGCACCCGACUAGACCAGACCCAGAAAGCAACCUCCGACCGGAUCCACACUCCGAUUAUCAAUGAUCGCUAUCGUUAUCGGGCGGGGACUGGGUAAGCUUCCCUUAAAGUCGACUCCCCUCCUCCCCCCCCCCAUAUUUGGGAAUGCUUGCAUUGUUCACUCUUCGGCCUUUGCGCUGCCUCUCUAUUCCAUCUUCUUCCGUCACUCGCUUGUCGAGUGGUCUUUUCACGUCGUCUCGCCGUUUACAUCACUCCGCCAUCAUGUCCGACCUCUCCGUGCAAUUGACGGCUCCUAACGGGCGUUCCUACACCCAGCCCAUUGGCCUCUUCAUUAACAACGAGUUUGUGCCGUCCAAGUCGGGCGAGAAGAUUGCCUCUAUUAACCCUUCUAACGAAGCCGAAAUUGCCUCGGUCUAUGCAGCCGGUGAGGAGGAUGUGAAUGCUGCCGUCGAAGCUGCGCGCAAGGCCCUCAAGGACCCUUCCUGGAAGCAGCUGCCGGCCACCGACCGUGGUCAUUUGAUGUUGAAGCUCGCCGAUCUGGUCGAGCAGCACAGGGAGACUCUGGCCACUAUUGAGACUUGGGACAACGGCAAGCCGUACCAGGUCUCGCUCAACGACGACCUCGGCGAGGUCCUCAACACCCUCCGCUACUAUGCCGGCUGGGCCGACAAGGUCCAUGGCCAGACCAUCGGCACCACCCCCCAGAAGUUCGCCUAUACUCUGCGCCAGCCCAUUGGUGUCGUUGGUCAGAUCAUCCCCUGGAACUUCCCUCUGGCCAUGGCCGCCUGGAAGCUGGGACCCGCUCUCGCCUGCGGUAACACCAUUGUUAUGAAGGCUGCCGAGCAGACUCCUCUUAGCAUUCUUUACCUGGCUUCCCUGAUCAAGGAGGCCGGUUUCCCCCCCGGUGUCAUUAACAUCAUCAACGGCUACGGCCGUGUGGCUGGUGCCGCUCUGGUGCAGCACCCCGAUGUGGCCAAGGUUGCCUUCACUGGCUCCACCGCCACCGGUCGUGAGAUCAUGAAGAUGGCUGCCGGUACCCUGAAGAACAUUACCCUUGAGACUGGUGGCAAGUCCCCACUGUUGGUGUUCGAGGACGCCGACCUCGAGCAGGCCGCCAAGUGGGCCCACGUCGGUAUCAUGUACAACCAGGGCCAGGUCUGCACUUCGACAUCGCGUAUCCUUGUCCACGAUUCCGUGUACGACAAGUUUAUCGAGCUCUUCAAGGAGGUCGUCAAGACCGAGAGCAAGGUCGGCGACCCCUUCGAGGACGAGACCUUCCAGGGACCGCAAGUUACCAAGGCCCAGUACGAGCGUGUGCUGUCAUACAUUGAAGCUGGUAAAUCCGAGGGUGCAACCCUCGCUGCCGGUGGUGAGCCGUACAAGAACGUCGGUGACGGCCGUGGUUUCUUCAUCGCCCCUACCAUCUUCACCAACGUCAAGGACAACAUGCGCAUCUACCGCGAGGAGGUGUUCGGUCCGUUUGUCGUCAUCGCCAGCUUCACCACCGAGGACGAGGCCGUCACCCGCGCCAACGACACCACCUACGGUCUCGGUGCUGCGCUGUUCACACGCGACAUCGAGCGCGCCCACCGUGUCGCCUCGGAGAUUGAGGCCGGUAUGGUCUGGAUCAACAGCAGCAACGACAGCGACUUCCGCGUGCCGUUCGGUGGUGUUAAGCAGAGCGGUAUUGGCCGCGAGCUGGGCGAGGCUGGCCUCGACGCUUACUCGCAGGUCAAGGCGAUCCACGUUAACCUGGGCAGCCGUCUGUAAAGAAUUGGACACGUGAAUUGGGAUGCAUAUCUGUUGAUAUGUGGGGAGCUUGAACUUGGUUUCUUUUCUGUUUGUAACUAGACAAUUUCUUAUGUUUUGAUGACCCAACCAAAUAUCCAACCAUCUCAUACUCUGGCCUCACUUUUUCCGUAUUGGAUGGGAUUGUUGCUAGUGCAUUGGGUCUGGUCCAAUGGCCGCUGUCUCAGUACGGGGCAUAGUCUUGAUAACUUAUGGAGUCUACGUGUGAUAUCCAGAAAAUGGGACAGGUCCUAGCUAUCGGCCACCUCCACGCCAAGUUGAACGCACUGGGUACACCUGCACGUCUUUUCCAACAUAAGUUCGCUUUGAUUGAUGCCCGAUUCUCCA